CAGUCGAUAGAGACGCACGUCAGUACGUCCUCUCGUCCUCGGUAAAAGCGCGGAAAUUAUUAUGAAUUAAAAUAUCAAAUUUAACCUAGAAAAAAUAGUUCAAAAAUUGUGUCUUAAAAUUUUUAGUGAACUUGUGGAUUUUCGUGCAUUUUUUUUUUGUGAAAGCAACUGUUUUUUUUUAUUUUAUUUAUCUGAUAGAUUGAGAUCUCAAUCCAUGGCAUUUGUCUCGCCACGUCCGUCAUCCGAUAUAAAAGCCGGCCGAAGAAGCGAUCAUCCAAUUUUUCGACUGAAGGGCGGUGUGGACUAAAGUUCAUAGUAAAGCGCGCGGUUGCUGAAGAAUGCUUCGGUGCCGUGAGACGAGCGCAGGGUGAGGAGAGGGUGGAGCGAUGACCGCUCCGGAGCCCUUGGUGCUGCAAGCGCUGCAAGGGCACACCCAGCAGAGCACCAAAUGGCCUGGUCCCCGCGCUGUGAAAAUCUACAUCACUUCUGUUUACAAUGACUUUCGCGAGGAGAGACGGCAGAUACUCGAGAUGGUUGGGCCGGAAUUGCAGUCCACUUACGACGAUCGAUAUAUUGAGAUCGACUUCGUGGACAUGCACUACGGCACCGACGGAGGCGACGAGGCGAACCCUGCGUUGCUCCGGUACCACCUGCAGGAGAUCAAGUGCUGUAAUCAGGCGUCAAAGGCGGGAUACUUCCUUUGUCUGCUCGGAGGUGACGCGUUGUCUUACCAGCCAGUAUUGCCAUUCACUAUCAAAUAUAACAUCUUCACGGAGCUAGUCAAGUCGGACACUGCGCAGGCGGCCCUCAUACGAUCCUGCUAUAGACUAAAUGAUGACGGCACCUAUCAUUUGGAAGGAGACGAUAAAUGGUUCAAUGACCUACUAGAGCGGGAAGAGCAAAGAAGUCGCCUCUCAGAGGUCCAAAAAGCCUUCACCACGCUAGUACUGGACGCUAUAGAACGAGGAGUGGAAGCGUCUGAUCUCUUGAAAAGUGCUGUCGAACUCCAGUGCGAAUCAGCUUUAGAUCUCCUUGCGAAUGGUCCUCAUCCAAAAGGAAUCGUAGCAGUAUUUCGGGAUAUUCAAACUGAAGCCGAUGACUCCAAACUGGCUAAUCUGGCGAGUACAAGACUAAAAGCAUUAAAAAGAAGGCUUGAAGAUGCGUUGCCGGAGAGCCAUAUUAUCAGAUUAGAAUCACCGUCAGCAGAAUCAUCAAGGACUGAUGCAGGGUCAGAUUGUGAAGAGAAAUUGGCUCCACUCAGGGAGCAGGUUCUUAACGUUGUGUCUUCGCUAGUCGACGACAGCCUCAGUACUGAACCGGAUCAGGGGAAGGGAAGAAAAAAGACUGUACAGGAAGUAUUUCUGGAGCACAUCACUCAUCUUAGGAUAUGUAUAGAACAUAAUCGUUUAUAUAAAGUAACAGUUAAGCAAAUUGAAGACACAGCUAAGAGUAUACUUAAUAAUGCUAAGGAGAAUUACGAAAAUCGGAUGCGGCAUCCUCCCGUUUUAAUACACGGACCUGAUGCUUCGGGAAAGAGCACUCUAUUGACACAUUUAUACUAUAAAUGCGAAGAAUUUUUUGAUAAACCUGUGCUUAGGGUGAUAAGAUUCUCCGCUUCCACUCCAAGAUCGGCCUACAAUUUAGAACUACUUAGAGUAAUGUGCCAACAAAUAUCAAUUAUCUUAAACAUUCCUGAAGGUUAUUUGCCAAAGGACGCGAGUUUCGAUCCUUUGUACAUAAACAAUUGGUUUCAAAGUUUAUUGAGGAGAUGUGAAGAAAUGGAAAAUGAGAUUUUGUUGAUAUUCAUCGAUAAUGUACAUAGAGUUAAUCCUUUAGAAUGUGAUAUUGUAACGGGGCUGUCAUGGCUGCCUAUGUCUUUGCCAAGGAAUGUAUUUCUCGUAUGCACGAGUGCAGUAUCUUUGGACCAGCUGCAGCUAACUCCAGCGCAGAAAGAGAAAUUCAAAGUACAGAACUGCUAUUAUCUCUUAGAUGCUAUAGAGGAGACCCCAGAAAAUCUUAGUUACGGAGACUAUAUCGACGGUGCCUUUGAUAAUUUAGAAGUCGUCUUCGGUCCUAAAGCUUUUAGUAAAUUAGCAAGCUACAUAACUUGUUCGGAGUUCGGUCUCACGGAGUUGGAACUCCUGGAACUUUUGAUGCCAACGACCAACAGCGAAGCGGUCAUAACGCUCAAAGACGCAAACUUCAACUUUUCUACUUUAUGUGUCGCCAAAUAUAUGAUGAAAAGCUUGAUCUUCGAGAACGUAGUAUCUGGCCGGAGCACGUGGCGAUGGCGAGCGGCUGCUGCCGGCGCACGCGCACGGCGACGAUACGUGCGCGUUCAGGCCGCGUUGAGGGACGCGCACUCGGACUUGGCCGCUUUGCAUUUCGCUCACUUCCUGAAUGAUGCCGAUGAUACCGAUACUAGUGAUGCUCAAGAGCCAGGUUGUGUGGACGAUGAUGACGCUCUGUUAGACUCGACGCCAUUCCACUCCGCCAGCAGAACAGCUGCAGCCUUUACUCAACGUCACGUGGAAGAGUCCUGGCUCCACCUUCUGCUGGCUGGAGACUUCUCCAAGCUGAAGGACCUCACUGUCUGCAAUUUCGACUUCUUACUAGCUGCGGUGCAAACUGUAACGAUAUCUUACCUCCGCUGUAUCCUGGAGCACGUGAGAUGCUACAUCCUGGACAGAGAUGUGGAGCUGGUCUACGGAGCCGUGAGGAAGUCCAGCGACAUCCUUACCAGGGACCCCAUGCAGUUAGGAGCUCAGAUCAUCGCCUGGCUCCGACCAGCGGUGGCUCGUCGUGGGGUGCUGGCCACCCUGGUCACAGCUGCUAUGGCCUGGUGUGACGGAUAUGACAAGCCUCUACUGGUUCCACUGAAUGGAUGGUUACAACCACCAAUUGCGUCGACAGUCCGCGUCGUUUCCGUCGGCGGGUCGACCCCGGGCGCCGGAGCCAGACUGCUCCAACUGGCUCCGUCUGGACAGCACCUCGUUCUUGCACCGUCGGCAGGGGACCCUCAGCUGUGGCACGUCAUGUCCAACUCAAGGGUGCACACGUUCAAAGGCCAUUCAGGGAGGAUCCUUUGCAUGUGCGUGACCAGGGAGUCGCAGUACCUACUCACAGGGUCUGAAGACACGAGCGUAAUCGUCUGGGACCUUCACACUUUGGCCGUCAAAACGAAGAUAUUGGAGCACAUAGCGCCGGUGCUGUGUGUAGCUGCCAUAGUCAACAGAUCUCUAGUUAUCAGUGGAGGGGAAGAUUCAGCGGUUAUCGUCACCUCUCUGGUCGAUGGAGCUUUGGUAACAAAGUUGGACCACCACCGCGGUCCAGUGACAGCUGUCAAAGUAAUCCAAGAUGGCGAGAUCUUAGUGACAGGGUCCCAAGAUGGCACAGUUUGCACCUGGAACGUCGACAACUUCACGCUGCUCAGUACCGUGACAGCUGGCGUUCCGGUUCACGCGAUGGAUAUCACUGAUGACAACGUGUUCCUAAUCACGCUGCAAGGGGAUACCGAAUUGCAUUUGAGGACCUUCAUCACUGGGACGUAUUUGCACGCUUUGAAGAGACACAAAACCAAGGUGAAAUGUUUUUGCGUGGCCCACGACUCCUCUCGCGUGGCGGUAGGCUGCGCAGACCAGCGCAUCUACGUGUACAGCAUCCAUAGUGCGCUGUUGUUGCGCACACUUGCCGCUGCGCAUGAUUUGGCAGCACUCGCCGUCGCCGAUAGAGAUCACUUCUUGUUAGCUGCUGGCGGCAACAGGGUGACAAUUUAUUCCUUCCAUACGGAAGACAAUCUCACUAACUUUAGACCAACGAAGCAAAUUAAGAGACGACAAACGAAAUCUACAACGAAUAUUACUUUAUUACAGGCAGAACAAAGUGAACUGAUACCAAUAAGUUGCCUAGAAGUAUCUCGAGACGGCCAGUUGGCUGCGAGUGGUUGUGCCCGGGGCCUGGUCAGGGUAUGGCAACUCUCCACCCAUAGACUGCAGACUACGUUGAACGGCCAUCUUGGACAUAUCACCUGCGUGACAUUCUCGCCUAAUAACCUGUUGGUGUUGAGUGGCUCGGAGGAUCGGAAGGUGGUGGUCUGGCAGCUAGCAGAUAACUCGCCGUCGUUAACUUACAAGGGUCAUCCAGCAGCCCUGCAAUCAUUGCUGAUGAUGUCAGACGGCAGACGGGCGAUGUCCAGCGAUCGAGCUCGGAAUGUCCAUGUCUGGCUCGUUGACUCUGGCAUAGUCCUCCACUCCACCACUGGUCCUUCUGCUAGUUUGGACGUCACGCUCAACAUGAAAUACUCCGUGCUAUCAGAUGGUGACAACUCAGUUCGUAUCUGGAAUCUAACUGGCGGAGACGAAGAGAAGCGAUCGGUCUCCCAUGCGGAGAGAAUAACCUGCUUCGCUCUUACAGCAGACUCCCAACACGUGGUCACUGGGUCCAUGGAUAUGUCCUUAAAGGUGUGGAAACUGGACGGGGGCAAGUUAUCUCAGGUGUUAGUAGGCCACUCGGACAUAGUAACCUGCGUGGCUGUGUCCAUCACCAAUAAGACCCAGGUGGUCUCAGGGUCCUGGGACUGCAACCUCAUCGUGUGGGACAUCAACACGGGGUCAGACCUACACCUACUCUCCGGCCAUCUUGGGAAAGUCACGUGUGUGAAGGUCACCGGUGAUGGAACCAUCGCUGUUUCUGGUGCGGAAGACAAGACCCUAAUUAUCUGGGAAACGAAGCGUGGGCUAGCUCUGACUUCGCUGGCGCUGCACGUCCCACUGCUGGGCUUCCAGAUCACAAGCGACUGCGCAAGGAUUGUAGUGCAUCUAUUGGAUAGAGGUUGCUUGCCAAUCAUCUGUCUACACAACACGCCGGCGACCUACGUCAAGAUUCCAACAUACGCUGCUCCUACGAAAGACAUUGAUGAACUUCGCCCGCUGGCUCCGAAGCGACCCAUGCGGCGACUCCUCAAGAAGGAGGUGUCCCUGGACACGUACACUUGGCAGAAGAAGUAUGGUCACCUCACGUCGGCCGCCAUGAUGGCGCAAGUCGAUGAGCGGCUCAAAAGACGAUUCUCUGUGUCGGCCUCCAUGGAAGAAAUUUCAAAGAUACAGGAAGCAAAGAAUAAAGAUUUGGGUUCACAGGUGAGUUUGGGUCCUGAAGAAGCUGCCAUCGCUCAGUCGCAACAUUUUGACCAACUGGAAGCGCUGUGGAACAAAAUAUCUCCUCCCAGAAGGCGUUCCAAUAAGUCCUUAUCAAAACAGAGUUCCCUGAUAGAAAGCCGUUUUGAUUCUUCUGAUGAAGAACAUACUCCAGUCGAAGAACAGGAACACAUGGUGGAGUGAAGCACAAGAUGCACACACAUACAUUUGAUUUAUAUAGAAUAUGACCUCAUAAGUUUAAUUAUUUUUUAAAUAUUUCGUGAGCUGGUCUCGCUUACAUUUGUUACGAUUAAAUACUUUCGGAAUGUUUGAUUACGUUUAUUUAUUCGCGCGAUAGUAAUAUUUCCAUUUAUAGUUAUAAUUUUAAAAACUAUUUAUUUCUUAAGACAAAGAGAGAUCUUUGAUUAAAAUUGAAUCUUAAGGCUAGUUUGAUAAAUAUAUAAUAAAAAAAUAAUGGAGUAGUGUAAAUAUACUAUGUAGUAUAAUCUCCUGCCUGUUCGCCAUGUGAUCUUCUAGAUGUAGUGUUGUAGCUUCUAUUUCUAAGGCCGGUUUCAUAUACAUAUAUUUUAUGUGAACAUGAUAUAUAAUAUAAAAGAAGCAUGUAACUCCUGUUUAUUCCACAUAUUUUUGUGUACUUUUGAAAUAAAUAAAAACGUAAAUUUCAUUUCUUUUAAGAAACUGGCCCAUCUGUAUUAUUGUGUGGGUUCAUAAGAUUAUCCAAAAAUCUUAAGUAUAAAAUACUAUGUUUGUUACCUGGUACCUAAACCGAUUUUGUUUUUGUUGAUAAUUCAAAGUUAGUAAGUAAAAUUUAAAUCAAAAAAAAUAGAUCGUAUAUACGUUGAGCGUUUAAUUAUCAAAAUCAUUUUUGACAAUUCAAUACGAUCUAUCUACACACCAUUAGUACGUUUCAUUCACUAGUACUAGUGACUGUAUGUUACUUUGCAAAUAUUUUUAGACAUAGUUAAACUUCUACAUUAUUUUAAUAGUAUAUUUUACAAAAUAGUAACUAUAUAAGUACGAAUAUAAUAAAAUAACCUACUAUCUGAAGCACACGAUAAAAAUUUCGAUCAAAUAUUAUAUGACACGAAUGUUUGUUAGAUGGAUCUUCAUACUAUUAUCGUAAGCGAUAUACUUCAUACUUAGUUAAAAUUAUGAACUCUUAGCCACAGUUCUUUGAGAAGGUGUGUCAAAAACCUAUAAUAUUCUAGCCUUAUAUGUCAACUAAAUAGAAUUAUUUUAUUUCGUGUGCCAUUUGUGCCGCGUAUUUUUCUGCUUCUACGUGAUUUAGUGUUAAACGAAUAAUAAUAAUUUCUAAAGGUACGUAGGAUUAAUAUCCCUGAAAAUUUUAUCGACCUAGUGUUUCCAAACUGUGAUCCCUUGUAAAGACUUCUAUAUAAGUACACAUUAUAUUCGAAUCCUUAUGAUAAUGUUAGUAUAUCGUAAAUGUCUCAUACAAUAUUUGUGUAUUCCCUUCUGAGAGCGGUCCUUUUACAUGGAUAUACUAGACAAUAUGAGGCAAAAGUUUUAUAAAUAUACACUAAACAAAUUUAAUGUAUUAUGUACACUCAGCUUUCACUGUUGGCUUUGAUAUAACCAAAUAAUAAGUAUUAUAUUAAAUGUUAUUUUCUGCAUUAACCACAAAUACCAUAUAUAAUAAUCAAGCGUAGUAACCGUUAAUUAAAUAUUAGUUAAACUUUCAUAGUUUUAAAAUUUUAUUGUAAUAGACAUAGGGUUCCGUAUCAAAAAUCUAUAUUUCUGUAUCUGUAUUAAUUUUUUACGAUUUAUCCCGUCCUUGCCUGGUUGCAAGUAAAUACAAAGUCAUUUAGGAACAAAGACAUUUAGGAACUAAACUUUUUGUCAGCCAUUCGUAUUAUCCACAGUAACCAACUUAAGACACUGUGGGUUCCCUUUAGUUAAAAUUUCAAACGUAUCCAACGAAAAACCUACUAAAUAGCGAAUAUAGUUGAUAAUUUCAGAGUUUUACUACGGAACCCUGUUAUGAGUCAAACUCACCUUAAUUUUGAAUAAAACUUUAAAUAAAAGUUGGAAAAUAACCAAUGUAAACAGAAAAAGUUACAUUAUAUAAGAAUUUUUGCAAUAUGUAUGUAAAAAAUGUAAUGUAUGAUAAAUUUACUUUUUAUAUCCAGUAGCCAAUGGUACGAAAUUGAAUUUUUUUUAAAGCGGGUUUGGUAUUUUUUAACAAUAUUGAAAGUCCACCACCUACCUAGCAAUAUUUACUUGCAAAAAAUCUUAUGAAAUGUCAUUUUUCUGUACGCACCGGGUCUUUUUUUUACCAUUCUCCUUUGUCCUCCUUUGUCAUUAUGAUAUGGUGUUUUAUUUCUCAAACAAAACCAAAACAGUUUCCUGCAAGUAGAAUAUUUUUAAUGUGUAGAAUUUUUAAUAAAUGUUGUUAGUGGUUAAAUAGCAAUUGCAAUAAUAAUUCUUAAGUAGUUGCACUUACUGAUAGAUGGAUAUCGUAGUUUAAGGGUGAGGUGCACCGUCAAACUUGGCGUUGACUUUAACCGGCGCACCGCUGACGUUUAGACAAAAUGGCGUACUUUGCGUUUGCUGCACGCACGUUAAAGCUAACGUCAAAGUUGACGGUGCAACUCACCCUAAGUUUAACUGACCGUUGCAGCAUACGGUUGUUGAAAUUAUUAUUAGAUAUCUACGUUUGUUUUCUUCAUCUUUAACUCCAUUGGUUCAGUUUAUUAGUAUUAUGUCGUAAGCAAAAACUCCUGAAUCUAGUCACUAUCAUUACUAUUAUUAUCAACAAACCUUAACACCAUGAACUAUAUUUAGUAAUUACGUUAUUUAUUAAAAGCAAAAAAAAUAUAUAAAACCCAAUAAACUUGUUAAUUUAGAAUAUCGUUAACGGCAAUAUCGGCUUCUUUCGAGAUAACCAUGAUAAAUUAUAUACAUAAAGCUUCAUCUUGAAUCAUUUAUAUGAAUUAUUUAUUAAAAAAUCCCAUAUCAAAAUUCAUUGCGUAAUUUUAAAAUCAUAUAUAGAAACAGACAGACAACGACAACGAUAGGAAGCGACUUUGAUUUAAAUUAUGAGACUCAUCGAUCACAGGAUUUCCUGCGAGAUUUCUGAACUUUGGUAAUUGUUGUAUUUUUGUAUGUCUAUAAUAUUGUAUUAAAAAAGGCUUGCAUAGGUACAUGUUUAUUUUUCUUUAUACUGCAGAUGGCUUUCUAAUAUCAGUAGUUUUGUAACUGGAUAAUAAAAGGGAUACGGUUCAGGAGUUUAGUUGCGACAUCGACUCUGACUGAACUUAAAUUACAAUUUAUUAAUUAAUCACACGUUUCAAAUAAUUGUUUGCUUUAGAAAAGUCACGAGGUGGUUCUAGAAUAUACAAGCCUGCUGGUUGGAUUCAAGGUAUAAUCUACUUUUUUAUAGGUCCCAAUCUGUUGUGAUUUGUACUGGCGUUUUAUAAUUUAAGUACCCUGACAAACUCAUGGCAUUAUGUAAUUUUAUAUGAAACGUCAUAAAAAACAAAUACUUCAUAAAAUUAAUUUCUGAAUGUAUUUUCAUCCUGUUAUUCAUAAAAAAGAUAAAGCAUACUUUAAGCUUAUGUUUAUGUUAUGUCACUAACGCACUUUACAAAAUUUGGCAUUGACAGAACGAGACAAACACAAGCUUUAUCUUUUUGAUGACAGGUAAGAUUAUAGUAUUCUGUCCACAAGUGCGCUAUGCAAUACGUUUAUUGUAAUCGUUAAACACUGUCACCUUGUUAACUAUUUGUAUAGAGUUUUAUAUACUUAUCGUUUCUCAAUUCUCACGCGUGUGAGUUUUAUUUUUGACCUGUCGUGAAAAUAUAUAUUCUCUGUGUUUCUUA